AUGGCUAAGUCUUUUGGUUUCAGACCAGCUCUUCUGCUUCUUCUUUCACUUUUCUUGGUUCGUACUGAGUCACGCGGUCGUUUCGAGCCAAAGAUUCUUAUGCCGACAGAUAAAACUGAAACUGCUGAGCAAGACGAAGACAGUAUCGGCACAAGAUGGGCGGUUCUCGUCGCCGGUUCUUCCGGUUAUGGAAACUACAGGCACCAGGCCGACGUGUGUCACGCAUAUCAAAUACUGAGAAAGGGAGGUUUGAAGGAAGAGAACAUAGUAGUCAUGAUGUAUGAUGACAUCGCAAACCAUCCACUUAAUCCUCGUCCCGGUACUCUCAUUAACCAUCCCGACGGCGAUGAUGUUUACGCCGGAGUACCUAAGGACUAUACCGGUAGUAAUGUUACAACUGCGAACUUCUACGCGGUGCUUCUAGGCGACAAGAAGGCUGUUAAAGGUGGAAGUGGCAAGGUCAUCGAUAGCAAAGCCAACGAUCACAUUUUCGUGUAUUACUCUGAUCAUGGUGGUCCCGGAGUUCUUGGGAUGCCGAACCCGCCACACUUAUAUGCGACUGAUUUUAUCGAAACGCUUAAGAAGAAGCAUGCUUCCGGAACAUACAAAGAAAUGGUUGUAUACAUAGAAGCAUGCGAAAGCGGGAGUAUAUUCGAGGGGAUAAUGCCAAAGGACUUGAACAUUUACGUAACAACGGCUUCAAAUGCACAAGAGAGUAGCUACGGAACAUAUUGUCCCGGCAUGAAUCCGUCACCUCCAUCCGAAUACAUUACUUGCUUAGGAGAUUUAUAUAGCGUUGCUUGGAUGGAAGAUAGUGAGACUCACAAUUUAAAGAAAGAGACUAUAAAGCAACAAACCCAAUCGGUGAAAAUGCGGACGUCGAACAAUUAUACAUAUUCUGUGGGCUCCCAUGUGAUGGAAUACGGUAACGAUAAUAUUAAGUCGGAGAAGCUUUUUCUAUACCAAGGAUUUGAUCCGGCCACGGUUAAUCUCCCUCCUAAUGAAUUACCGGUCAAGUCACAAGUGGGAGUGGUUAACCAACGUGACGCAGACCUUCUAUUCCUUUGGCAUAUGUACCGGACAUCGGAAGAUGGGUCAAGAAAGAAGGAUGAGACAUUGAAGGAGUUAACCGAGACAACAAGGCAUAGGGAGCAUUUAGACGCAAGUGUUGAAUUGAUUGGCACGGUUCUGUUUGGUCCAACGAAGAAUGUUCUUAACUCGGUUAGAGAAACCGGUUUGCCGUUGGUUGACGAUUGGGAAUGUCUUAAAUCAAUGGUUCGCGUGUUUGAAACGCAUUGUGGAUCACUGACGCAAUACGGGAUGAAACAUAUGCGAGCGUUUGCAAACGUUUGUAACAAUGGUGUCUCAAAGGAGCUGAUGGAGGAAGCUUCCGCUGCGGCGUGCGGUGGUUAUGAGGCUCGCUUCACGUUGCACCCAUCGAUAGUAGGCUAUAGCGCUUGA